AUGUCCUCCCACGAUGAUGAACUUCCCCGCCUCGCGCACGUCGAGGACUACGAGCGCUAUGGUCGACAGAUGAUCCUCGAGCCUUUUGGGCUACCGGGACAGAUUAAACUACAAAAUGCCUCAGUGCUCGUCGUAGGCGCCGGUGGACUCGGGUGCCCGGCAUUGCAAUAUUUGGCUGCUGGUGGUGUGGGAAAGAUAACUGUCAUCGAUCAUGACGUGGUUGACUUAUCGAAUCUACAACGGCAAGUCUUGCACACCGAGGCACGAGUCGGCAUGAAUAAAGCCGAGAGCGCGGCUAUUGCUCUACGACAAUUGAAUUCACGAGUGACUGUGACCCCAGUCCCGCAUGCUUUGACAACUAGCAACGCGCCACAACUCCUAGCUACACACGACCUGGCUCUGGACUGCAGCGACAACGCCCCAACCCGCUACCUUCUCUCAGACUCGGCCGCUACGGCCCGGGUACCCCUAGUCUCCGGCGCCGCUCAAUCUCUCGAAGGCCAAAUAACGACCUAUUGCCUCGGCGAAACCGGCCCGUGUCACCGCUGUCUCUUCCCGAGGCCGCCGGCGCCGGAGUACGCGACGAGUUGCGCGGAGACGGGCAUUCUUGGGGCUGUGGCUGGCGUCAUAGGUACACUUCAAGCAGCCGAGGCGAUCAAGGUUCUCGCUGGGAUGGCUGGAGAGGCCGAGUACAAGCCGACGAUGACGCUUUACUCAAUGUUGGCGCCUACACCGUUCCGCACGUUCAAACUUCGUACUCGACGGAAAGACUGCGCUGCAUGCGGUACCGACCCUUCAAUCUCCAAGCAUCCUAUCCACGAGAUCGACUACGUGCAGUUCUGUGGUGGGCCAAGGCCGGACUGGCUGAAGCUUGGGAUAGAAGGAGCAGAGGAGACACGCGUGAAGCCAAAGGAGUUACACAGCGAUCUUCGAGAUGAUACUGCGGAAGCUAAGCUGUAUGUGCUGGACGUGCGCCCGCAAGCCGAGUUCGGUAUCUGCAGGCUACCAGGGAGCAUCCACAUGCCUCUGCGCGAACUCGUCUCUGCACCCGACCCUCGAUCCCACCUCCCCUCCGACAUCGCGGACCGCCGCGUCGUCGUAGUCUGCCGACUGGGGAACGACUCGCAGAUUGGCGCCGCUACCUUACGAGAAGCCGGUAUCGACGCACGAGAUCUGCGAGGGGGGCUGAGAGCAUGGUCAGCGGAGGUCGAUCCGAACUUCCCUGUGUAUUGA